AUGCUGUCUACCAAUAGUCUGCCUGCUACAAGGCAGGUUCGUGCCGCUUUGAUAGGGCUGACGGAAAUGGGGACGGAACAAGUGGAAGCGAGGAAGGCGCAGAACGACAAAGCAGGAAAAAGAAGGAACGUCGGUAACGAGGACAAAGUACCGGAUCGGAAGGAACGCGGAAACGAGAAGGCGCGCCUCCCAAAGUUGGUAGGCAGGGAGACGGAGAUGGGAUUCUUGCUGCGAAGAUGCAAUUCUUGA